AACGGAAGCGUCAGUGCCUCACCAUAAGCAAUCAUCGUUUUUCACUCUCCUUUUCUCUCUUUGGUCUCAACGAACCAAAAUGGCUAGAGAUCGAAACGGCACUCAUCAUGAAGAAGACGACGAAGUUCCUCCAUCGAAGAUCAAAUCGAAACACAGGUCGCCAGAAAGUUCUGAUUCAGACUCCGAAGAUGACCGAAAACGCGUAAAAAGCGAUAAACGAAAGCGGAAAUCAGGAAAACGACGCCGUAGUCGAAGCGACGAAGAUUCAGAGUCUGAAUAUUCUUCUUCCGCGUCCGAGUACUCGGAUUCGGAGUCGGAAUCCGAGUCGGAGAGCGAAGAGGAGAGGAGGGCGAGGAAGAGAAAGGAGAGGAAGAGAAGAAGAGAGAAGGAAGAGGAGAGAGAAAGGAAACGAAGGAAGAGAGAGAAAGAGAGGAGAAAAAGAGAGAAAGAAAAGAAAGAGAAGAGAAAGAAGAAGAAAAAGGAGAAGCUGGAAAGAGGUAAGAGAGGAGCCGUAACGAAUUCCUGGGGCAAAUAUGGGAUUAUCAGAGAAACUGAUAUGUGGAAUAAGAGGCCUGAGUUCACAGCAUGGCUAGCAGAAGUGAAGCAGGUUAACCUGGAAAGCUUGCCUAAUUGGGAAGAGAAACAAAUGUUCAAGCAAUUCAUGGAGGAUCACAACACAGCUACCUUUCCUUCGAAAAAGUAUUAUAACCUUGAUGCUUAUCACAAACGCCAAAUGGAAAAAGAAUUGAAGAGGGGUUCCAACAAGGUCUCACUAGAGGAACGUACCAUAUUCAAUGAUGAAGAACAGCGCCGAUUGGAACUGCAACAAGCACGGGAAAAGCAAAAGGAAGAGGAGGUGGAAGCUUUAAAGCGCUCUAUGCAGAGUGGAAUGGCACAAGCAAUGAAAGAGCAAGCACAACUCCGGGAAGAGAUGGCCUAUCAAUACAAACUUGGCAACUUUGAGGCUGCAGCAGCUAUUCAGAGAAGAUUGGACCCAGAUGUUGCUAUGUAAGAUGGUUAGCUAUAUUGUUAUGAAUUGACUGUUUACGGUUUGUUUAACUUUAAAUACAGAGUCCUAAGCUGGCAAGAUUUUUAAUGAAAUCUGUUUUUGCUCA